UCAAGUACUGCAAGAAUGCUGACAGUCCUCCUCUGCGUACUCAUAUCAAACCAGGCCGGUAGAGCAACAAAUGGAGCCAUACCGACCGCCGACGACAUUGCAAGACUCCUGGAUUCGACCGCAGAUCCGUGCGCCAAUUUCUAUAGAUACGUCUGCGGCAGCUCUCGGCGAAAUACAUCAAAAUUAGACCUCUCCGAUCUACCGGGAUCACUUCAAGCACGAUGGUUGAAGGUUAAGGACGAUAUAUCAAGUAUGCUGCAAAUUCGUGAGAGAGCUGGCUCUAAAGUAUCAGAGAAAGCCAUUAUAGCCUACCAGUCUUGUAUGAAAGGAGAUAGUGCCCACGAUAUCGAUAGUCUGAAGGAAUUGCUGACUGAUCGUGGGAUUUCUGACUGGCCAACCAAAAGCAGCAAUGCCAAAGAGGUUUAUGACACAGGAAACGACAUAGAUUUGACGGAACUGGAGGCCUUCUUCCAUUACGACGUCGUUCAAGACAAGCACGACAAAUCCAGGCACAUUCUUUCGGUUGGCAGGGCUUCUUUACCUGUUUUACACGGAGGGGUGCUUGCAAGUACUGAUGACCUAACAGAAGUGCCUGAGUCACUUGUACGAGAGCGAGCACAUUCAUACACUGGAGGAAAGCAAACAGAAACUGGAAACGUGCACAUUAGCAGUGGAAGCACGGGCACAAAUGACAGCGAGGACGAAGCAACGGCUCAAGACUUAACAAGGGCUGAAACGCGCAUAGUCCAAGAAUAUCAGUCGUACGUGAAAGCAGUGAUCACCUCCACGAAAAGCUUGGCCAGCGUCGAAUCGAUGGAACUAGCAAAGGAAAUCAUUCAUCUAGAAGCGAAAUUGGCCAGGAUUGCAGAAGCUGAAACAGGGGCCCAACGGAAGACUGCCAUCUACACAACAUUAAGGAGACUUAACGAAAAGUACCCUGUGAUAUCUUUAUCCGUGAACUUACUAAAAAAGCAUCUCCGAAAAAAAGGAACAAAAAUUCCCGACGAAACCAAGAUAUAUAUCGCUGAACGGGCGUACAUUGAAGAUGUCUUCAUUCUGCUUCGCAAAACAAGCAGAUAUAAAGUGAAAAAUUACGUUGGCUGGAAAAUUAUAGCAACCCUAGCGCCAUUCGUGAGCCCGUUAAGACCUCAUCAUGAGAAAUUUAUGGCGCAGUACGGAUUGCACGAAAAGAGGAAGCAGGAUAUCUGCACGGAAAGCAUAGCUGCUACACGAAGCGCCAUGCAACCUCUCAUCAGCCAGCUGUACGUUGAGAGAAAAUUUUCGCCGGAGGCCAAGGAUGACGUUCUACUGAUGACAGAGCUGAUUCAGCGAGAAUUGGUAGCCUCGCUGCGGAAUUCAAUAUGGACAAGCCACGAAGCCCGAAGAACAGCCUUAAAAGCAGUCGCAGAGAUGGACAAAAUGAUUGGCUACCCGGACUGCAUGGACGACGAAGAGCAUUUGGCAGAACUCUUCGGCAACCGCUGA